UAUUAGUUUUCCCAAUACUAUAUUCCAAUUUUUGUGUUGACUCCCUUUACAUAUUGUUGGAUUCUGUUUUCGUUUGUUGUUUUACUUUACACGCACCAAGGUGACCCCUAUCAUGUCUAUUCACACAAUUAUGUCGGACGGAUCGAUAGAUUCGCGUGCCAGUGUGCAAUACGCCGGGGUGCAGAGAUCCGGUGUACCCCAGCAGGAAGAAGUCCUCGAUGAGGACAUGGAGGAGUUGUACAAGAGGAUAAUGCCUAUUGACUCCGACUACGAUCCGGCGCUUUGUCGGGACCAGUUCCUGCAGACCUUGUUUGAAGAUCUGGGUAUCUGCAAUGUCAAUGAAGUAGAUCAUGCAGGCCCCCUGCUGGCCAACGUUGGAUCUGCUUUUAGUGCAUAUUCGUUGGACCCUCAAUUCUCACGACCCCCGAAUUGGACCCUCGAGAGCUUCGUGCGCAAGCUAAAGCAUAAGGAGACCCUCAACAGCUUCAUGCCCCAGACCAGCACGAUCCAGAUAGGGGACCAGCUCUUUCAGCUGGCUACGAAAAUGGGUCGAUAUGAUGAAUUGUUGGAGUCCAUGCAGCGCUCGUCGCUGUUCUAUAUGUUCAGGCGCACAUGUUACCAGCUGCAGGUUCUUAUGAAAGCUUGUAUCCACAAAGGGGAGAUGGAUGUGAAGGACCUACCCCACAACAUGUUCUCCUGGUCGUUGGAGGAUUUCUUUAGACGACGCGAGCUUAAGGACUUUGUCUACUUGGACGUUCUAUUGCGGGACCACACCGCCAACACCUUGGGCUGGGCCAAGUACCGGGUGGAUCUUCAGGAGACUGAGCGGUUCUAUAGGUAUUUCUACUCUGAGAUCUUCAAGGGCGCCGGCUACCGCAAACUGCUGGCUCUGAUCUGGGAGCAGAAGCAAAUGCUUAUCAUCGACAAUGCUUUGGAGGUGGACCUCGAAAAGUCGAGAGCCUCUCUGGAAAACACAAACUUUAAGGCCCGUCGCUAUUCGAACGCCUGGUGGGAGGGCUACAAGAGCAAUAUGGUCGAAGAGCUUCAGCAGCACUGCAUGGAGGCUACUGUGACGAUUCCCAUCGAGUGCCGCUACCUCUGUGCCUACUACGACACCCAGGUGGAGAUGCAGGAAAUGAAGGACAACGUGCGCACACGCCAGCUACAGAAGGAGCUCGAGGACGUCAGGAGGUACAUACAGCAGGGAAACGACACCACGCAAUCCUCCCUCAAUACCUACUACGUGAUCAUAGAGAACUACCGUAAUCGAUUGAGCGUACUCAGUGAUAAAUUCGAUAGGGACAUGGAUCACUGGGAGGACGAAAUACUGCAAAACAACUUUCGCCUGAGCAAAGCUCGCGAUGACUUGAAAGAAGCAAUUGAUAAUGUGAUCUUUAUGCGUCGCCGUAUUGCCGAAGUUCAAGCCUUGAUACAGGCCGAGAACCAGGCGGAGAUCGACCGCGUGGCCAACGAGCAACAAGAACGCCAGAAGGCUGCCAAUAGGAUAGACAAUGCCAAACGGAAGAAAAUCAAGGGGAAGGCGAAGGCCCGCAGAGUCCUUCCCCAGAAGCGACAGUCAUAAUUCAGCCAGUCCGAAAAGAGAAUUUUAAAACAGUUUGUUGUUUCCACCGAAUGUAUUUCUAGCCUGUAAAUCGAAAUAGCCACUUACUGUAGUGGUCUGAAAUUUUAGUUAAAAUACACACUCUCAUUCCUUAA